AUGUCCCGAACCAACCUACCAAACCUACGAAUCGGACACCUUAAUGUCCGCGGACUCGAGUGUCACAUCGACGGAGUGAAGCUGCUUUUGGAUCAGACGCCGUACCAUUUCUUCGCUGUGUCGGAGACAAAACUCAAAGUCUCAGCUCCUGCUGGCCCCAUCCGCGUUCCAGCUUACAACUUCAUUAAAAAUUCACUGCCAGCUGGCCGUGGACGAGGAAGUAGAACGUGCGGAGGUGUUGGGCUGUACGUGCAGAAGGGGAUCAAAGCAACACCGAUUUUGAAAUCUUCGCCCGACCCAGAGGUUCCCGUCAGCCAACGGUUCGAGUAUCUGGCAGUCCAAGCGAAAAUUAACGACCAAAACAUUUGCGUCGUGGUAAUAUACAAUCCUGUCAGUACAAACCCUCAUUUCGCGCAAGGCUACGAGAAACUGCUCCUGGAUCUCCUCGACGUUGGUUUCGAUCGUCUCUACGUGGUAGGCGAUUUUAAUAUCAACGUAACGUCAACUCAGCAAAGCGCAAACUUGGUUGCGCUGGCUCGUAUCAACGACACUUUCAACCUGACGGUACUCCCAACCAGCCCUACCAGAAUCACCGAGACAUCGUCGACAACCAUCGAUCUACUGAUUACCGACUCUCCUGAUUCGGUGAUAAAGUCAAGAACUCACACUGGCAACUCUAUCUCGGACCACGAUGUGGUGUACAUGCUGGUGAACAUCAGAAUACCGCGCUCUGCGCCGCAGACGCUGCGUGUGCGCAACCUUCGUGGCAUCGAUCCAGUGAGACUGCAAACCGACUUCCAAACCAGAGAUAUCCGACCCUUCCACACCGCCCUUGACGCGUCUUCAAAGGCAGAUCUGCUCACCGGGGUGCUCACUGAUCUGCUCCAGCAGCACGCCCCAGAACGAACCAUUACUGUCCGCGAUAAACGCACCCCCUGGAUAUCGGAAACCAUCAAACAAGCUGUCGCGCUGCGGGAUUUGGCAUUUGCUCUUUACUCGCGAAAUCCCAACCGGGCCAGGGGAGACAACCAGUGGCAAGAUUAUGUCGGGAAGCGCGAUCGGGCCAACUCUCUCAUCUAUGCUGCCAAGAAACGUUAUGCCGAGCAACACUUCAGCCACGAUCUGCCAGCAAAAACGCUCUGGUCUAAUCUGAGGAGGGAAGGGGUGCACAACAACGCGAAGAAGUCUUCGCUGGAUGAAGGGAUCGACGCUGAUGAACUGAACAUGUUCUUCAGUGAUGGCCAUCGUCAGCUUCAAAACGGACGCCAACCCGGAGUAACUGCAGAACCACCUCAUCGGACUGCGGUUGACCAUGGCGCGGCCGAAUUCGGUUUUCGUCGGACAUCCGAAGAAGAAAUCUGCCGGAAAAUCUAUGAGAUUCAGACCAACGCUACUGGCCCUGACGGAAUUCCCAUCUCCUUCAUCAAACUGCUCUGCCCUUUCAUUCUCCCGCACUUGUCCCAUCUGUUCAACCACAUCAUCCAGACCAAGUCGUUCCCCUCAAGCUGGAAAAAGGCUCUCAUCACCCCUAUCCCGAAGCAGACCAAUCCCUCGCAGCCCAAAGACUUCCGGCCAAUCAGCGUUCUCCCGGCGAUCUCAAAAAAUUCUUGA